AUGCCGCUGCUGCAGACGACCAUUCGCGGGGGGAAGGUCGAGGCCACCAAGUUCGCCAGCCUACGCGAUGAACGGGCUGACUACGUCGACUGGCGCCACUGCACCGUCGUCGAGGAUGCGGACACACAGCGCGGAACUUACGCCGCAGACAGAUGCACGGGAGAAGACUUUUCCCGCAUGCUCGACGCGCCCCCCGCGGAGUUGGGGGAGGCUGGCGGGCACGCGGGCUUGGCCUCUGAGAGACCAAUGGUCUUCGCUGGCGAAGUGCAGAUCAACCACCGCAUGGAGCUCGCGGCUUGGACCCGCGUAUCUGGAAUGCAUGAGAUUCCAAAUGCUUCGGUUAUGCAAUCAGGUCCGCCGCCCGACUUGCCCUGGCGGUUCCUGGACCGCGAGGCAGUUCAAUGCCGCGGUGGCGCGGGCCAGCUUCAUCGUCUGCGCGGCCGACAUGCGCUCGAGCCGCCCUCCGCCCGAACCAGCGACGGGGCCAUCAAGCGCGGCUGCGAUUUACUGCGCACUUCGGAGGGGCCGCGAAAGGCGGCAGAGGUGCCAGCGGCAUCAGCAUCAGUCAAGAGUGAAGCCAAGCAAGAGGUGAAUACCGAGAUGGGUUUACAGCGUCCUUCCAAGGGGCAGCGCAAGGCGGCGAAGGAGCUCGAGUACAUGGCCCCGAUCACCAAGGCUGCGUCCGCGGCGAUCCCCCCUCCGACGGGCGACGCGGACAUGCUGCCACAAGGGCGAGGCCGCGACGCCGAAAAUAUUGCAGAUGUGGGAAGACUACGAGCUUUCCGACAUCACUGCUUCUGCCCGUGCAAGAGCCGCGCAACCAGAGGGCCUCCUCCUGCCAAUGAUCUACGCGACGCCGACGCUGCCCUGAUUGACCGCCUCCGUGCCACGUUGGAGAAUUGGCGCGAGCUGAGCCUGAACGUUGAGGUGUACCACGCUCUCCUCGCCGUUGCCCUGAACGCGGCGGAGAUCAUCCCCCGGCGACCGGAGAAUGCGAUGCUCACCGCCCGCCUGUUGCACUUAACUGUGAUCGGCGCCACGCGCGCCCGCGACACUGGGGCGCAUUCCUACCGCCACGGCCGAUGGUCCAGGCGCGAGGGGUUCAGUGAGAAGACUUUGCGCGGCAUGGAGGAAGUGCUGCAACUUGCUUCUGCGUUGUUUCGGCAUCUUCGUGGGGACCAAGUCCAACGCAGCUGGGACUCGAGGUUCGGUUCCUGGGAACUCAUCCAUGGAGAAUUUCUGCAGCAGCAGCCGACGACGCGGCGUGACUUCUCGAUCGGCAGGGAUGCCAAGGAGGUUUGGGCUGCCGAAGCCGGGAGAGUGCUCCAGGAGAUGGGUGCGCGAAUCAAUGGAGAAGGAAGAGGCGCCGAACUUCUGGACGCAUUCGGCGCUCAUUUCGAGAACGUCACCCUGACGCUCGCGGAAGACCCCGACGGGGGCACUCGC